CCUCCUCUGCUGGAACUUGGCGAGAUUGCUCUCUUUUUUCUUCUCCCUCUCUCUCUCUAUUGGGGUCGAUCGAUCAUAAUUCUUCUGGCUCUCCGUCUUCACCUCAUGCUUGAUGACUCCUGACCAUGGCUUCGGAGAUGAUCACGCCGCCGGCGGAAUCGUCCUUGGCCAUUCGUAACGAUUCAGGAACCGCUCGAUGUGAAGGUUUGCAGAAUCUGGUCGGGCAAUGGAAGGAGACCUCGGCGCUACUGAACAAGCGAGAUGUCAUCAUCGGUGAUCUCCUCAAAUUAAUCGAGCCGAAAGCUUCGUCACCGGAUCAACAGCUUCUCCUUGAGCAGGAACAUGAGAAGAGUAUAAGGCAGCUCAGUCAAGAGUCGACGGCUCUGAGGAAACGAUUGACGGAUCUGGAGAGGAGACAUCAGGCGAUACAGGACAUUUUCACGGGAGAGCCAUUUGUGGUGGUACUGUUAGAUGGAGAGCUGACACUGUUCAACGACAGCUACGUCAAACUCGGUGCCGAUGGUGGGCGACAAGCAGCAAACCAUCUCGCUGGAUUGAUCAAGCAGCACCUCGCCAAGGACGAUGGACCAUUGGAACCCUCAUGGAGGAUACACAUGCACAUUUUUGGAUCGGUACCGAAGCUGGCGAAGGACUAUCAGAACAACGGACUUGUGCAAAAUCCUGCGACCUUCAACGCCUUUAUCAAAGCUUUCAAUCGUGAACGCGGGUUCUUCCAGGCGAUGGAUAUCACUGAUCACAAGAAUUCCGCCGAUCAUAAAGUGAAGAGAAACUUUGAGCUUUUCUGGAACAACCGUCUUUGCAAAUAUCUCGUCCUAGGCGGUGGAUCGAAAGAUAAAAGCUACGGCGAGUUCCUCCGCCAAUAUACAACCAACGAUGAGGAUCUCCAGCGCAUCAUUAUGCUGGAUCGAAUCAACUUUCCCAAAAACAUGUCGACCAUAGCGUGGAGAAUGGCCAGCAUCCGAUCUCCUUCGCUCUUCCACAACAACAACAUACUCGCCACGGCGAACAAUGUGCCAACCACGUCAUCCUCAAAUAACUCCAAAAUUACCUCCAGCGCGACGAACGCCUCGGCCACGACUGCAGUCAAAUCGGCACACUUGACAUCACCGAUCGCCAUCAAGGCGUUGAAUAGCCGUCUCACACCACCCGAAUCUCCACUCUCCACCCGAACAGUUCGCACAGCGGCCGGCCGCAACGCCAACCGCAAACUCUCCUUCUCCCAUCUCACCUUCCCCAACGUCAAAAGCAGCCCUUCCCCGCAGAAGAAGGGCGCGAGAGCGAAGACUCUCGUCUCCCGGGCAUCCAAGCACUUCUUCGUCAAAAUGCCCACCCUCAUCAGCGUCAACCCACCCGUUCCACCUCCAAGCAUGGCCCUCCCACCAACCCCAUCCUCGACCUCCCUCGUCCCAUCAACCUCGACCUCAACCGCAGCUCCAGCACCCUUAAUCUACCUAAACGCCAGUGGCCACCGCCUUGACUACCCGGCCUCUUGCGCCGCAAUGCGCUACGAUCCACUCCUUCGCGACGAUUUCCGCAAUCGCGAGAAAUCGCCCUGUUACGAAUACCAUCUCCUGCGGAAUAACGUCACGGGAAACGUCUCGAUGUCAUCCUCGUCGAGCCCUUGUCCGCGCGCUGACAAGUGUCCUCAUACGCAUGGCCCACCGAUGACGUCGAGAUCGGCGCUUGAGACGUUGGCGUACCUCGCGCGGUGCACGCCGUGUGAGAAGCAGGGGAAGUGUCGGGAUGCGAGGUGUGUCAGGGGCCAUGUCUGUCCGAUUGAGGAUGAUCUGUGCUGUCCUGAGGUUUGUGACUUCGGGGUCGAGGGACAUGGGGUUGAUCCGGUGGUUGUAAAGAAGGUUGUUGGAGAUGUGUGAGUUGUGGAAACCUUUGUGUUGGCUUUCUCAAAAAUGCGCAUUGGAGCGCGGAUCGAUGAGGGAUCGGUGGCAAUUGGGCAGGUCGUUAUCGGCGUUACUUGCUGGUUUAUCUCCUGUUGGAUUCCGGUUUCAAGGCUUUGCGGUUGCGUUUCGAAACAUGUGGUCGACCGCGUGAAUCU